ACCAUAGCUUCCCGCAAAUGUGUAUGUUACCUCCUUGUUCCAAACUAUUAAAUUUUUUAAAAUUUGACUGGUCGAAGUUGCUGUCAAAAAUGCUAAUUUAAAGGUUGUCAAGAACAUAAAAACUUGUGGAUAAUUGUAUCUCAUUAUAUCAAAACACUAUUAAGAGUGAAAUAAUGAGUGGCUUACGUUAAAAAACUCACGCUGUAUAUAUUAUAUUUAACUUAAUAUUAAAUAAACACAAGUGUCGUCUAAGUUUUUCAUUGAUUGUUACAGUGCUAUGCAUACUGCAAAAUAUAUUUUAAUUUUAAAGUUCUGGUUGACACAUCGACAAAAUGACCCAACGACUAGAUUCAUAAUAAAACACAAAAAGUAAAACAAGCUAUUAGAAUUCAAAUCUUUCUUAUAAGUUGUAUUAUUUGAAUUGUUUAAUUAAAAAUAAUCUAAAAAUAUGAACCUUUUUUGCAUUUUAAUAACACUUGCCCUUGUCAACGUUUCCCCAAUAAUGACAGGGGAAUAUGCAAAUUCGGUUUACAUUACAAACCAACACAUCAAAGACGCUUUUGAUAGAGAUCCUGCUGGACUGGAGGCUGCAGUUUUAAAUAUUAUUAAUGGAGAUAAACCGAUGGAGACAAUUAAUUUGAUUUUGGCUAUACCGGAAACGGCCAAUAUUUUCCUAAUUGAUCAUGAUGAACCAUUUAUUGCCAACCUACCAGAACAUAUUGCCAUAGCUGACCAGGAGAAAGUGCAAGAAGCAAUAUCCCAAGUUACAAGAUUCCCUAAGCCGGAACUUGGUCCGAACGAAAAUCAUGAGAAUGAUUCAUUGUUACAGCUUGGAGAAGACAGAAGACGUAUAACUGGAAUAGCUACAAAAAAUGUUCUUAUCGCUGCAAUAGAUAAAGGAAGACCAGAAUUCCUCAAUCUUACCGAAAUAUGUCGUCUAUUCGGUUUGCUCAGAAGUAUACGAUUCCCAUAUGCAGUUAUAAAAAGAGUUGAUGUUGAUCACUCUGGUGAUUAUUGUAUAUUAAACUCUCGGACUGGCAGAUUCCAAUACAGACGUCAUAACGGCAUUAUUGUUGAAGUAAGGCCAGUCGGUGUUUUUCGUGAGGUAUUUUUUGACGUUAUGCCUAUUCUAAACGAUUGGUACCCUGUAAUAUAGACCAGCAGUCGUAGCUAGCUUUUAAUUAUUAUAUACCACCUAUUCUCCUUAUAUUACUUUAAUAAUAUAUUUAUGUCGCAUUUGUAUCCAAAAUUGUCAUUUAAUUCAAUGUAUUACAAAAUAAAGAAUUUUUUUCAAUAUUAUUAUAUAUUCUUAA